AGUAGGAAGUAAAGGCGUUUCUUGCCACUACUGUCGCAGCAGUAAUGCAAGCGUCACUUGUUGUGUUGUCACUAAACAUAUGUCCUGAUUAACCAUAACAUUGUGAGAAAACACGUAGUACAAGGUAAGGUAAACAGACACGACGAUCUCAAACUGCACAGCUAGGAACGCAAGCUUGUCUAGCCUCGGUAGCCUAGAUGCUAGCUGGCUAUCAGCUAACUCACUACUGAAUGAUGGUCAAGACUUCAGUACUUGUCGGUCAUGGCUGCGUCGGUGAGUCUGGAUUUGGACCCUGUCUUCUUGAAGGGGUUGGGGUACCUGCACUCCAAGAGCAAAGACUCCGCGGAGAAGCUAAAAGCCCUCCUGGACGAGUCUCUCUCCGGAAGAACCACCGACUCGUCCUACCGAUCUCUACAGAAGGAGGUGGAGCUGUCCAAGCUGUCGGUUUCUAAGAUGAGCAAGCAGGACUCCAAGUCGUCGUCCAGCUCGUCCUCGUCCAGCAGCAGCAGCGGCAGCAGCAAGUCCAGCAGCUCAGACAAGAGCAGGAAGGAGGUGGAGAAGAGGCCUGCUGAGAAGGUGCGAGUGGUGGAGCAGGGCGAGGGGCCUGACCCCCCUAAGAAGCCCCGGGUGGAGAAGCAGGAGAGCAGCUCGUCCCCGGUGACCGUGGCGACCAGCCGGGACCUGCCUCUCGCCCUGCCGGACCUGUCCAGCUUCGACGAGACCAGCGCCGACGAUUUCGCCAUGGAGAUGGGCCUGGCUUGCGUGGUGUGCAGGCAGAUGACGGUGACGUCAGGGAACCAGCUGGUGGAAUGCCAGGAGUGCCACAACCUGUACCACCAGGACUGCCACAAGCCCCAGGUGACGGACAAGGAUGCCAACGACCCCCGGCUCAUCUGGUACUGCGCCCGCUGCACGCGACAGAUCAAACGCAUGGCCCAGAAGACCCAGAAGCCGCCCCAGAAGACGUCCCCCGUGGGGGGGGCCAGUGCCCCCCUGGUGAAGGCGGAGCUGCUGGUGAGGAAGCAGGAGGGGAGGAGCCGGCCGGACACCAGCAGCACCUUCCAGGCCUUCAAACGCUCCGAGGGGAAGCCCUCCACCAGUGUCUCCUCCACCCCCUCCGUCUCCGGCUCCUCCCUCCCCUCCUCCAGCGGUCUGACCGGCUGGGCUGCCUUCGGAGCCAAGACCUCCUCCACCGGGCCCCCUUCCUCCAAACUCCCUCCCCCUUCCUCCUCCUCCUCCACCCCCAGCAGCAGCAGCAAGGCUGCCCCCCCCGGCCCCCCCUCCGGACAGAAGCCAGUGGUACUGUCCGGCCUGGCCGGAGCCAAGUCGUCCCUGGGCAGUACCAAGUUGGGGGGGGGCAGCAGCAACAACGGCUCCGGUUCUGCAUCUGUGCCUCAGAAACCCCCCCCCUCCCUGACGGGGGGCAAGCAGGGGCUGAGCCGCGCCCCCAGCGGGGAGGGGAGGGGGGGCGGGGCCAGCUCUCCCGGCGGGGGGUCCCCGAGCCUGGGGGGGAACGGGGGUGGGGCGAAGGCGGCAGGGGGGGCGGGGGCGGCGGCGGGCGGGGACAAGACACCGACCUCCCAGGAGUCGCAGCUGAACGCUCUGAAACGCCUGCAGAUGGUGAAGAAGAAAGCUGCCCAGAAGAAACUGAAGAAGUGAGGGAGGGGGCGAGAGAGGGAGGGAGGCAGGGAGAGAGGGAGGCAGGGAGAGUGAGAAAGAGACGGAGGGAGGGGAAAACAGAAGGGCAGGGGGGUAGAAAGAGAUGGCUCAAGUUAGAAAGGUUUGCUUAUAAGGUGUAUGUGGAAUUGAUUUAGUAGAUGAACAGAUGGAUGGAUGGAUGGAUGGAUGGUGGGAUGAUCAGAGAGGAACACAGUUGUCAGAAGUCCAGAUGCGUCCAGUGAAGAUAGGGGCACCAGUCCGGUCACAGUGUCGUGUCGAGAGGAAAUACCGUUAACAUGGAAUCAGCCCAGUGGAACUGAAUACUUGAAUUUUUACGUUCACCGUUCGGUCGGCGUGGCAACCGUGUCAGCGGCUCUUCGUUCGACCCAACUGGAUCAUCAAUGUCACGUUUUUUUUACUGACGGAAAAAACUAAUAAAAUGCCUCUAUGAA